ACCACCAUGGCGCCAUUAAAGGUCUGCUCAAGAUUUCUGUUCUUCCCUUGUCCACUUCUGUUGCUCGUUACUAUUCAAGUCAUUGCUCAGCCAGAUUUUCAAGGCGUUGAAUGUUUUAAUGAGAAAGGUAACUACACCACCAGUAGCACCUACCAAACAAACCUCAACACCCUUCUCUCCUCCCUUUCUUCACCCUCUAACAACGGCAACGGCUACGGCUUCUACAACUCAUCCUACGGCCAAAACUCCGACCAGGUUCAUGCAAUCGCGCUUUGCAGAGGAGACGUUGAGGCGGACGUUUGCCAUAGCUGCCUCACAAACUCUACACAAAAGAUCACAGAGGUUUGUCCCAACCAGAAAGAAGUUUUUGGCUUUUACGAUGAGUGCAUGCUGCGGUACUCAAACCGUUCCAUCUACGGCAUCAUGGAAGACUCCUUUUCUUUCUGGUUGUGGAACACACAAAACAUAACGUCAGGUGUUGACGGGUUUUUUCAAGAGCUAAGGAAGCUGAUGGAUGACUUAACUAGUCAAGCUGCAGCGAAUGGUUCGCUUCGUAAGUUUGCAGUAGGUUCAACAACAGCUCCCAAUUUCCAACCAAUAUAUGGACUUGUGCAGUGCACGCCGGAUUUUUCCGAGCUAGACUGCUCUGAUUGCUUGGCUCGCGCGGUGGCAGAAAUCACAAAUUGUUGUGGGGGGAAGCAAGGUGGUAGGGUUGUUAAACCCAGCUGUAAUGUUAGGUACGAGAUCUAUCGCUUCUACGAUCCUACAACUGUGGCACCAUUGCCCUCAUCGCCACCAAGUCCUCCUCCAUCGUCAACCAACAACACAAAUUCAGGAGGAUCGAAGAAUAACACAUCUCGGACUGUCAUCAUUAUCGUUGUGCCAAUUGUUGUUGCUCUAGUACUAAUCAUAUUCAUCUUCGUUUGUUUAAGAGUAAGGAGAACAAAGAAAAAGCUUGAAACUAGGGGUGACGAUACAGAUGAAAUUAGAUCUGCAGAGUCCUUGCAAUUCGACUUUAGCACCAUUAGGGUUGCCACAGAGGACUUUUGUGAAGAAAAUAAACUCGGACAGGGUGGAUUUGGUCCUGUUUACAGGGGUAAGCUUUCCAAUGGAGAAGAUAUAGCUGUGAAAAGGCUCUCUACGAAUUCUGGACAAGGAGAUUUAGAAUUCAAAAAUGAAGUUUUGCUAGUCGCCAAACUUCAACACCGGAAUUUAGUUAGACUUUUAGGUUUCUGCUUAAAAGGAAACGAAAGGCUUCUUGUCUAUGAGUUUGUCCCCAACGCAAGUCUCGAUCACAUCAUAUUCGACACAACAAAGCGUGCACAACUGGAUUGGGAUAGGCGCUACAAAAUUAUAGUAGGGACUGCUCGAGGGAUCCUUUACCUCCAUGAAGACUCUCGUCUUAGAAUUAUUCAUCGUGAUCUCAAAGCUAGUAACAUCUUAAUCGAUGAAGAAAUGAACCCCAAAAUUUCAGAUUUUGGCAUGGCAAGGUUGUUUGUGCUUGAUCAAACUCAAGGCAAUACUAGUCGAAUUGUGGGGACCUACGGGUAUAUGGCUCCAGAGUAUGCAAUGCAAGGACACUUUUCUGUUAAGUCUGAUGUUUAUAGUUUUGGUGUGUUAGUUCUAGAGAUAGUAAGCGGGCAGAAAAACAAUUUUUUCCGUCAUGGAGAUAGCGUGGAAGAUCUUAUAAACUUCGCAUGGAGGAGUUGGAGAGACGGGACAGCAUCAAAUCUAAUAGAUCCGACACUGAAGACUGGUUCGAGAAAUGAAAUAAUGAGAUGCAUCCACAUCGGACUAUUAUGCGUGCAAGAAAAUAUGGGUGAUAGACCAACCAUGGCGUCGGUUAUUAUGAUGCUGAAUAGCUACUCUCUUACUCUCCCAGUGCCCUCGCAACCAGCAUUUUUUAUGCAUAGCAGCGGCGGAACAGAAUUGUCUGAGUCACGAGGAUGGGAGAAUUACUCAGGGGUGACAAAGUCGGAUCAAUAUUCCAAAAGCAGCUCCGUCAAAGUACCGGAACAUGAGGUUUCCAUAUUAAGUGAAACAUAUCCUCGCUAGAGCUUCAAGAUUGAAAUUGAUUUAUGAAAUUAUAAUGUAUUUGGAGUUUUAGUAUUUUUGUAAUUCAUUUUUAUUCUUUAUGGAUGGUGCAUGUGUUGGAGAGAGUUGACCUUUUGUAAUUAGUUUAGUUGCCCGUUUGGGUCCUUAUAAUCAGGAUGUGAUUAGGGUAGAUAUUAUUUUAUGUUUCUUCCCUUGUAAAUCAAUCUUGUACAGUAUAUAUUUCUCUUGGUGAGAAGAAUAACAUCAUACAAUUAAACCUCAAAA